UCAUGCGUGCCCUUGAACAGAUGUGGUACAUCUGCCCCCCUGUGGAUGGACGGGGCCCACCCUGGCCUAAAAGACGGCAUAGUUACGCGUGACGUGUGCAAAUCUAACCAUCGUGGCUGCUGCUCUGAGAAGUUGCCUCCCAUUCAAGUCAAGGCGUGCCCUGGAAACUUCUAUGUCUACAAGCUUUACCCGCCAAAAGCAUGUAACAGUGUUUUUUGCACAGACGCAAACACCAUAUCCAAGGAUGUUCCUGUAAGAGCCCCUUGCCACAACCUGAAUUGCACAGCGGAUGAGGUUUGUGGGGAGACACGAGGUAUCUCUGGAUGCAUGUGCAAGGAUGACCAUCACAGAGUCAACGCAGCUUCAUUUGGUUCAGUUAUAACCUGCCACAACAGCUCUGCGUGGAUUUCUCUGUCUCGCUGCCUCCUGUCUGAGGCAGGAUUUUCUACUGAAGUCUUACACCUCAACAAUUCAGACUGUAAAGGCACAGUUCGAGAUGGACGAGUGGAGUUCCAUUUCAACAAUGAUGACCGAAAAUGUGGAACGCAACUGAAGGUAAAUGGAACCCAUGCCAUCUACGAGAAUUCUAUUCAGGGGAAAGUGGAUUCUGCAGAUGGUCUAAUUAUCAGCAGAGAGAGAACGCUGAACUUGCAAUUCGCCUGCGUAUAUCCACUAACACAAAAUACUUCCAUGGGUGUGGCUGUCGAUGUCUUAAAAAGUAUCACACAGUUGACGUUGCCACCAGGAAAGGGAACAUACCAAAUCCGGAUGAUUCCGUAUAAGGAUGCCGACUUCACUGAGCUGUUCGAUGGGGCCGUGGCACAGACGUCUGAUGAGGAGAUCUACAUAUCUGUGGAUGUGGAGGGAGUGGACAGCCGGCAGUUCUCCAGUGUGCUGGACCUCUGCUGGGCCACACCCACCAACAACUCCACCUCCUCCAUCACCUGGAGCCUCAUCACCAAACAGUGUGCAAACCCAGAAGACGGGACGGUGGAGGUCUUGCGAAAUGGGGAGUCCACAAGCAGCCGUUUCUCCUUCAGGAUGUUUACUUUUAAUGGGCACCCUCCUCAGCUGUACCUUCACUGCAGCCUGCACCUCUGCCUUCUGGAGGGCAACAGCUGUGCUCCGACCUGUAAAUCUAGUCAUCUGAAAAGAUUGCGGAGAUCUUCAGACUUGAACGACACGAGCGCAACUAUGGUUUCCUUUGGGCCCUUGAUUUUCCCUUCUGGAAAGACCGAUCUUCUGGACGUUCGGGCUCCACAGCCGAAGAGAUAUCGUCCUAAGGUGUAAACAUCUUUCAGC